AUGAACUCUGAUUCAAAUUCUUCUAGUUCAUCUAGUUCAGGGUUAUUUGAUUACAUGGUGAACGACUAUGUAGAGUGGCAUGAAUCAAUUACCCAAAGGCAAAAAGAAGAUGAAUUGAUCGAGGAAGCGAUCAAUACAGCUGUUGUUCCCUUUGUAACAUCAACUUAUCAGGUCCCAUUCACUCUUGAACCUACGUACCAAAGGUGGUAUGUACCAAGAGAUCGAGAAUAUGUUGAUAUUAAGUUAUAUAACGAUUACUUUAGUCCCCAACCAUUGUACCCUGCUAAUAUGUUUCGUCAACGGUUUCGCAUGACAAUUCGAAUGUUAGCAUACGGUACAUCUGCCGAUGCAGUUGACGAGUAUCUUAAAAUCGCAUCAAGUAUUGCAAGAGAAGGUCUGGCUCACUUUGUUGAAGGGGUUGUAGCUCAAUUUGGACCAGAGUACUUGAGGAGGGCAAAUAUUAUGGAUACUAAACGGCUCCUCCGUGAAAGUUAUGCUCGUGGAUUUCCUGGUAUGAUGGGCAGCAUUGAUUGCAUGCAUUGGGAAUGGAAAAAUUGUCCGCGUGCAUGGAAAGGAAUGUAUCAAGGUAGAAGUAAAACAUCAACGGUGAUCUUGGAGGCUGUUGCUUCGCAAGACUUGUGGAUAUGGCACGCUUUUUUUGGAACACCGGGUUCUUGUAAUGAUAUAAAUGUCCUCCAACGGUCACCGGUGUUCUCUGAUAUAUGUGAGGGAAAAGCUCCAGAGGUUACCUUCAAUGUCAACGGAAAUACAUACAAUAUGGGUUACUAUCUUACAGACGAUGAGCGAGAUGGAUAUUUGCAUUAUGAUGCAACUGAAUUUAUCAAUGACCAACCCCAAAAUGUAGCUGAAUCAUCAACUAGUAACAACAACCAACCAUUUACUGUGAGAAGUGGACGAUUGGAUAGGCUCAAUCUAAAUGGUUAUAUGGAAAAUAGAAAUAAUGUUCGUGAUAGGGAGACCCAUAUUGCACUAAAGAAUGACUUGGUUGAACAUAUAUGGGGACGUUUCGGCGACGAAUGA